AUGGAACCACCAAUACCUGACUGCAUAAAAAGAACAUGUACUUUACCUCAUUUAAACAACACGGUGGCGAGGGCUGAAAGCAAGGAUCUGUUCUUCAUGACACCAGUUGAGUUCGAAUGCAUGAAAGGAUUUCAGUUCCCGAAUGGCAAUACCAAGGUAACCUUGACGUGUGAUGAAACCGGUGGAUUUGGGAUGGAUUCUCUUAGUUGUACAGCGGUGUUGCCUGAGGCUGGUACCCAAGCAGCAUCCACAGGCCCUAACAUUGGUGUCAGUGUCGGUGUGGGCGUUACUGGGGCGAUGGUGCUGUUAUCACUUGUUGUUAUAGUAGUUGUAUUCUACAAAUGUAGACGGAAACAGAUGUCAAACUCAAAUGAAGACAUCGAUGUAUCUAGCAACGGAAAGCUCAGCAAAACAAUGUACACAGCAUCCAAUACUCACAUUGACACAAAUCUGUACGAACUCGAGGGAGAAUGUCCAAUGGCAGACCGGUAUGAUCAGUCAAAUAAUAUGAGACAGAAUUCUAAUAACAAAAACCAGACCUCUGAUGUACAGGAUCUAUAUGCUGUGCCUGACAAAUCCAAAAAGACCAAAAAAGGCAAGAAAAAACAAAAUACCCCUGCAAGCUAUCCAGAAGAUGCGUAUGAAUAUGUCAGCAAACCUUCUACCCAGACAUCUUUCGUUUCAAGACAGGAUUGUAGUAGCACCUAUGAACUUGCAGGGCAGUUUCAAAAUGGGGGCUAUACCCAAUCUAUUGAUGAGGCAGAUGACGUGGAGUUUGUUGAAAACGACAUUUAUGAAACAGGAGACAUUGACAACAUGGGCCAUACAUGUGUUGAGUCAGUUGAAAACGACAUUUAUAAUUCGUCGGCGUAA